CCUUUGCUUCCCUUCCACAGCCCUGGGGGUUUCCGGCCCGGGAGUUCCUCCGGAAGAAGCUCAUCGGGAAGGAGGUUUGCUUCACAGUCGAAUACAAGACUGCACAAGGCCGGGAGUAUGGGAUGGUGUACCUGGGCAAAGACACGACCGGGGAGAACAUUGCGGAGUCGCUGGUGAUGGAAGGGCUGGCCAGUCGCAGGGAAGGGAUCCGUGCCAAUAACCCUGAACAGAGUCGGCUGGGUGAACUGGAGGAGCAGGCCCGGAUUGCCAAGAAGGGCAUGUGGAGUGAUGGGACCGGCUCCCACACCAUCCGGGACCUCAAGUACACCAUUGAGAACCCCCGGCACUUUGUGGACUCCAUGCACCAGAAGCCAGUGAAUGCUAUCAUUGAGCACGUCCGGGACGGCAGUGUGGUCCGCGCUCUUCUUCUGCCUGACUACUACCUGGUCACUGUCAUGCUUUCUGGUAUCAAGUGCCCCACAUUCAAGCGAGAAGCAGAUGGCACAGAAACUCCAGAACCCUUUGCGGCCGAAGCCAAGUUCUACACAGAGUCCCGGCUCCUGCAGAGAGAUGUGCAGAUCGUUCUAGAGAGCUGCCACAACCAGAACAUCCUUGGCACCAUCCUCCACCCGAAUGGAAACAUCAUGGAGCUGCUCCUGAAAGAAGGCUUUGCUCGCUGUGUCGACUGGUCCAUUGCUGUCUACACCCGAGGAGCCGAAAAGCUGCGUGCCGCUGAGAGGUACGCCAAGGAGCGCAAGCUGAGGAUCUGGAGGGACUAUGUGGCUCCAACCGCCAACCUGGACCAGAAGGACAAGCAGUUUGUGGCCAAGGUGGUGCAGGUGCUCAACGCAGAUGCCAUCAUAGUGAAGCUCAACUCAGGGGACUACAAGACCGUCCACCUCUCGAGCAUCCGCCCCCCUCGGCUGGAAGGCGAAGGUGCCCAGGACAAGAACCGGAAGCUGCGCCCGCUCUACGACAUCCCCUACAUGUUUGAGGCCCGGGAGUUCCUGCGCAAGAAGCUGAUUGGCAAGAAGGUGAACGUCACGGUAGACUACAUUCGGCCAGCCAGCAGCGCCACGGACACGGUCCCCGCCUUCUCUGAGCGCACCUGUGCCACAGUCACCAUCGGUGGCAUCAACAUUGCUGAAGCCUUGGUCAGCAAAGGCCUGGCCACUGUCAUCCGCUACCGCCAGGAUGAUGACCAGCGUUCGUCCCACUACGAUGAGCUCCUGGCUGCCGAGGCCCGGGCUAUAAAGAAUGGCAAAGGAUUGCACAGCAAAAAGGAGGUCCCAAUCCACCGGGUAGCCGACAUCUCUGGGGACACCCAGAAAUCCAAGCAGUUCCUGCCCUUCCUGCAGCGGGCCGGCCGCUCGGAGGCCGUGGUGGAGUACGUCUUCAGUGGCUCCCGCCUGAAGCUCUACCUGCCGAAGGAAACCUGCCUGAUCACCUUCCUGCUUGCAGGCAUCGAGUGCCCCCGCGGAGCCCGGAAUCUGCCUGGCCUGGUCCAGGAGGGUGAACCCUUCAGCGAGGAAGCCACCCUCUUCACCAAGGAGCUGGUGCUGCAGCGAGAGGUGGAGGUGGAGGUGGAGAGCAUGGACAAGGCCGGGAACUUCAUCGGCUGGCUCCAUGUCGACGGCUCCAACCUCUCCGUAGCCCUGGUAGAGCAGGCUCUCUCCAAGGUCCACUUCACAGCUGAGCGCAGCAACUACUACAAGUCCCUUGUGGCUGCGGAGGAGGCUGCCAAGCAGAGGAAAGAGAAGGUGUGGUUGCAGUAUGAGGAGCCCCCCACUGAGGACGUGGUGGCUGUGCCAGAGGAGAAGGAGCGCACAGCCAACUACAAGCCUAUCUUUGUCACAGAGAUCACAGAUGACCUCCAUUUCUACGUGCAGGAUGUGGAGACGGGGACUCAGUUGGAGAAGCUGAUGGAGACCAUGCGGAGCGAGAUUGCUGCCCACCCGCCUGUCGAGGGUUCAUUUACGCCACGCCGGGGGGACUACUGCAUCGCCAAGUUUGUUGACGGAGAGUGGUACCGUGCCCGUGUGGAGAAGGUGGAGUCUCCAGCCAAAGUGCACGUCUUCUACAUUGACUAUGGCAAUAAGGAGACGCUGCCCUCCACCCGCCUGGCCGCCCUGCCCCACGCGUUUAGCACUCGUGCCCUGCCAGCUCAAGCCACUGAGUACAAGUUUGCCUUCAUCCAGGUGCCCCAAGAUGAGGAGGCCCGUGCGGACGCAGUGGACAGCGUGGUGCGGGACAUCCAGAACACGCAGUGCCUGCUGAACGUGGAGCAUGCCGGGCCCAGCUGCCCCCACGUCACCCUCCAGUUUGCUGACUCCAAAGGGGACGUGGGUCUAGGGCUGGUGAAGGAGGGGCUGGUCAUGGUGGAGCCCCGCAAGGAGAAGCAGUUCCAGAAAGUGGUGACGGAAUACCUGAACGCCCAGGAGGCAGCCAAGAGCGCCCGGUUGAACUUGUGGCGCUACGGAGACUUCCGGGCAGACGAUGCGGAUGAAUUUGGCUAUAGCCGCUGAGUGACCACCUGGCCCUGUCCAGACCCAGCUGUCCUCCUGCCUGGCCUGGCCGCCUGAACCCCUGCCUCAUCCCUGCUCCUGGCGCCCCACCAAGCCUCUUCUGGGGUUGGCGAGGGGGCUCAGCGUGCCUUCAGAGGAGGCAGACGUGGGGGGCUUGGCGUGGGGAGAGGGUACCCUUGGACUCCCCCAUUGGCCCCCCCAUCGAGACCCCUUCCCCCUUCUGGGCAAGUGGAGGGAGGGGGAGACGUUGGUUGCGCAAAGCUUUGUAAGCAAAUAAAAUUAGUGAGAAGCUGG